GCACAGGGCCCCGCUCCGCCUCCCCUCACCCCCGCCGCCCCCCCCCCCCCCCCCCCUCGCCCCCCCGGCUUCCCACCACGGCCGCUCUCGGCGAGGAAACUCUGGCCUCCGCUUCCUCCUCCUCCGACUCGGACACCGGCGGAGCCUCCCCGCCCCCGCGGAAGAAAGCCCGGGCCUCCCCGGCGGCGGCGGCGGCGGAGGGAGCAGGAGAGCCCGGGGCUUCCGCGGGCAGAGCAGGCCUCACCUCGUCCCAGUCCCCCUCGCUCCCCGCCGGGCUCGCCCCCGCCGCCGCCCCGCUCAGAGGCAGCAGCAGCGGCAGCAGCGCUAGCAGCGGCGGCAGCGCCAUGCAGGCCAACGGGGCAGGAGGGGGCCAGCAGCAGCAGCAGCCGCAGCUGCCGCAGGGCCCGGAGCUGGGCUGCCUGGGCGCCCAGAACGGCGAGGCCUCGGCGGGCACGACCGCCGGCGACCAGCUGGCGCACGCCAACGGGCUGCUGCCCUCGGCCAACAGCGGCGGCGGCAGCCCCGGCGGCCUCAGCGUCAACAACGGGGUGCCCGCCGCCGGGGGGCCCGGCCCGGCCGCCGCAGAGCUGGGGGGCGGCGGCGGCGGCAGCGCCCUGAAGAAGAAGAAGCGGCUCUCGCAGUCCGACGAGGACGUGAUCCGGCUGAUCGGGCAGCACCUCCACGGCCUGGGCCUCAACCAGACUGUUGAUCUUCUCAUGCAAGAGUCAGGAUGUCGUUUAGAACAUCCUUCUGCUACCAAAUUCCGCAAUCAUGUCAUGGAAGGAGAAUGGGAUAAGGCUGAGAACGACCUGAAUGAACUUAAGGCCUUAGUGCAUUCUCCGCAUGCAAUUGUGAGGAUGAAGUUUUUGCUGCUGCAGCAGAAGUACCUGGAAUACCUGGAGGAUGGCAAGGUCCUGGAGGCACUUCAAGUUCUACGCUGUGAACUGACACCUCUGAAAUAUAAUACAGAACGCAUUCAUGUCCUCAGUGGGUAUCUGAUGUGUAGCCAUGCAGAAGACUUGCGUGCAAAAGCAGAGUGGGAAGGGAAAGGAACAGCUUCCAGAUCUAAACUUUUGGACAAACUCCAGACGUACCUACCCCCAUCAGUGAUGCUUCCUCCAAGGCGUUUACAGAACCUGCUACGUCAGGCUGUGGAACUACAACGGGACCGGUGCCUAUAUCAUAAUACCAAACUAGAUAGUAAUCUAGACUCUGUCUCGCUGCUUAUAGAUCAUGUUUGUAGUAGGAAACAGUUCCCAUGCUACACACAGCAGAUACUAACGGAGCACUGUAACGAAGUGUGGUUCUGUAAAUUCUCCAAUGAUGGCACUAAACUAGCAACAGGAUCUAAGGACACAACUGUUAUUAUAUGGCAGGUUGAUCCAGAUACUCACCAGCUAAAACUACUUAAGACGUUAGAAGGUCAUGCAUAUGGUGUCUCUUAUAUUGCUUGGAGUCCAGAUGACAACUAUCUUGUUGCCUGUGGCCCAGAUGAUUGUUCUGAGCUUUGGCUCUGGAAUGUACAAACUGGGGAGCUGAGGACAAAGAUGAGCCAAUCUCAUGAAGACAGUUUAACAAGCGUGGCCUGGAAUCCUGAUGGGAAGCGUUUUGUAACAGGAGGUCAGCGUGGACAGUUCUAUCAGUGUGAUUUAGAUGGUAAUCUCCUUGACUCCUGGGAAGGGGUGAGAGUACAAUGCCUUUGGUGCUUAAGUGAUGGGAAAACUGUUCUAGCAUCAGACACACACCAGCGAAUUCGGGGUUAUAACUUUGAAGAUCUUACAGACAGGAACAUAGUACAAGAAGAUCACCCUAUAAUGUCGUUUACUAUUUCAAAAAAUGGCCGCUUAGCUUUGUUAAAUGUAGCAACUCAGGGAGUUCACUUAUGGGACUUACAAGACAGAGUUUUAGUGAGGAAGUAUCAAGGUGUUACACAAGGAUUUUACACAAUUCACUCAUGUUUUGGAGGUCAUAAUGAAGACUUCAUCGCAAGUGGCAGCGAAGAUCACAAAGUAUAUAUUUGGCACAAGCGUAGUGAGCUGCCAAUUGCGGAGCUGACAGGGCACACACGUACUGUUAAUUGUGUGAGCUGGAACCCGCAGAUUCCAUCCAUGAUGGCCAGUGCCUCUGAUGAUGGUACUGUUAGAAUAUGGGGACCAGCGCCAUUCGUAGACAACCAGGAUAUUGAAGAGGAAUGCAGUAGCAUGGAUAGUUGAUGGCGAAUUUGGAGCAGGACGACUUCAGUUUAACUUAAUUAGUCGUAUUUUAAAUGGCUUGGGAUUUGGUGCAAACAAACAUGAUUGAUAGCUGGACAGACAUGCUCGUCAUGAAAAAGAACCAUUUCUGAAGCCCGAUUGGGGCCAAACAUUUACCACCUUGCUUCAUAGUAACCAGUCGAGAUGAAGCACGUCGUUAGAACGUUGUUGGACACCGUGUUGAAAUUACCCCCCCCAUCGUUGUGAAGAACUGUGCUACAUUCAGGCUAACCAUUGAACUCUAUAUAUUUUUCCCUCCUGCCUUUUUGUCUGGCAGGCUACUGUUCUUGUUGCUCUUCUGUGUAAUGAAGUUUAAAUGCUUGUUUGGAACACUUUAUUUAACAGUUUAGAAGGCUUGAUAGAAAGAGUGCUUUAGUCUGAAGAGUAUACAUUGGAUAGGAAAGUAUUUCCUUCUCUUGUUUCUCGAAUCUCUCCGCCUUACUUAGCUUGAGAUCUUUGCAGCUUGGUUCAUGGAUUCUAGCCUUGCCCGUUGCGCAUAUAAAUUGAGAUAAACCAAUGAACUAUGUCAAAAGCACUCUGAAUAUCACAUUUGACAAAAAGUUUUGUACUUUUCACAUAGCUCGUUGCCCUGCAAAGGGGUUAACAGCACAAUUUUUUAAAAAUAAAUUAUUUAUAGGAUUAAAAUGACUUCAUUUGUAUACAUUUGGAACUAAAACGAUGCAAGAAGUGUUGUAAAAUGUGGUAUCACUGAUGCUCUUCCAGAGUGUCUUGAGACCCGAUCAAAAGCAGUGGCUGGAAGGAACUUUAUGUAGUCAGUAAAGGUUGUUUUAGAAAGAGAAACUCACUGUCCAUAUUAACAGAUAAAUCGUAUUAUUUAGCGAAAAAAAAGAAGUGUUCAGAGUACACCACCAGACUAAGAGUUUAAACAAGACAAGGUCUUCUUUUUAAUUACAUAAAUAUAUGCAACAAUACGGAUUAAAGGUAGGCUACACCUCAACAAAAGAAUGUUUUGAAUACUUUCUUCACAAAGUCAACAUUUUGUAAAAGUAAUUAACAUUCAAAUCAUAAGUAAUACUUGUGUUAUGAAGGAAAACUUAAUUUGAUAAACAAAGAUGUAUAGAUUUUCUUUCUGAAAAUAUACUUUUAAGUUUGCAAAUUUAAAUGUCUCUCCUAGACCUUGUUGCAAGCUGGUGCUGUGAACAUCUUGACGCAUUUAGGAACAGUUCCACUAAUAUGCCAUGUUUAGAAAAGAGAAAGACAUCACGUGUGGUUUUUGUCUUCAAUAAACAGAUGGCCUGGCAUCUCAAUGCUUCUGCACUACACACAAAUUCAUUGUGGGAUGGCGCUGGAGUCCAUUUUCUACCAUGGGUGGAAAGGUAGUGUUGGUAGUGCUGUGAAGUAAAGAGGGAGCAGGAAAGGGCGUGUCACCAAGAAUGAUGUGAAUGGAAGUGUGGACUUCAUCCUUUAAUGAGACGGUAAUCUAGUGACCUUAUUAGUCAUGUGUGGAAGAAGGGUGGGGGAAGGUUUGCCAGAGUUCCUGGGAAGAGCAGUGUAGCUGCUUUGAGUGGGAAUGUGGUGUUUAACAUAAACAGUCCCUUUUUCUUUCCCAAAGAAACAAAAUUUAAUGGGUUGGAUUUUUUUUAGAUUCCAGCAAUCAGGUGGCGGUGUUUUUCCUUGCCCUGUGUGUCAUCUGAAACAUGAUUGAAGAUUCCAAUCUUCUUGUUGAAACCAGCCCUGAAUCUGACAUACUCAUUUCUGGUUUAGUACCUCCAAAAUGAAGUAGGAACUUAACAUUCUUAUCUUCAACCUAGUUCAUUUUUUCUUAAGGGGAAUUGCGCUGAUAGCAAUUAUGGGAGUUAUAGCAUACUGGGAGUAUGUAUGUAAACUGAAGACUACAAAUCAGUUCCUCCUUCCAUUAGCUAGUUUUAGAAGCAGCUGUUUGUUUCUGUUGCUAGUUCGGACAGCAUAAGAUUGGUCAAUCUUGUCUGUGGCAUCAGUGUUGCAGAGAAGCAGACAACUUUCCUAAGGUUAAUUUUUAGUAAAAUAAACCUCCAGGUUUUAAAUAAAUAUUGAAUACCUAAAUUGCAAACAGUAUUUUCUAUCUUCAAAACAUGGUAUAAUUCUUAAGUGAUGCUAGUAUGCGAAUCUGUGGAAGUUAUCCCUGUAUUACUCUGGAACUCAUGUUUUUAAAUGAAGCGUUAUUUAGGGAGAGCAGGGGGGAGGAGAAUAAUGCUGGUUUUGGUGUCUCUUAACAAAGAUACUGUGUACAGCCGUCUCGCACUAUUUGCUUACCUCAUACUCAUGGGACUUAGUGGGAAAUUUAGGCAGGUGUUGAAGGCUGGAUCAAGUCUCAAGUUUAGAUUUAAAGUCUCACAUCCACUUCAACAGGCAUUUUUAAUAUGGCUGGCCAUACCUGGCCAAGACUCCUUACCUGGUACAAGCUAUGUGGGGGUAUGUAUGACCUGAUGCCUAUUUUCUACUGCAAUGCAUUGUAAUUAAAAAUUUAACUUACUACUACCAAAACCUGACCUCCAUUCUGGGUUUUCUCUUCUGGACUUGGUAUGUACCUCUUAAAAAAAACAAAAACAAAACACAUCAGGGAUUUAGAAGCAAGUUAAGGAGAAACAUAUGUUCUUGGUGUAUCUGCUUUAAUUUAGUUUUGUGGUGAAACUAUGCAAUAUAAGGGAAAGCUCCUUUAUCGUAUAGAUGGCAUUCUUUCUAGUGUCUAAAUAAUACCGUAUUGCAUAGAUCUCUGCUUAUCACAGAUGAUGUGUGGAGAUUAGAGAAAGUGAGAGUAAUCUUUAUUUUACCACAGUACCUGGUCCCACAAUAAGCUUACGCUAUAGGUCUAGUGGUAGUGAGAACCAUUCUAAAUGUCAAUUAAAGAGGAACCAAGACUAUUCCUAACAUGUCACAUAUUCACACUAUGUGAAUUGAAAAGUACCAAUACUUUUUGUGCACAGACUAUAAAAUGAGAUGGGGGGUGGGGGAUGGGGUAAUAAGCUUGCUCACUUGCGAUGUGUUGAUUUCCAUGUGCUUAAAAAUGUUCAUAGGCUGGAGUCUAAGGCUGGAACAACUGCACACCUGCAAUAAAUUACUGUAUUUCUGGUGAACAGACCUAUGAUUUUAGAGAGGAAAAUACUGUAAGUGUGUACUACUCUUUUGUAACUUUGAUAAGCUGUUAGCUUAAAAUACGGUAGCUGCAGGUUAUUGUUAAAGGCAGAUUUUUUUUUCUUUUUAAUAAAUAAAAAUGCUAAAGCAUUUUAUUAUCGGAAUGCUCUGUAGCUGUUCAGGUAAGUAAUUUUCAAGGCACAAUGGAGCACAAAAGGGAAGAUAAGCAGUCAUGCUAAAUUUGUCCUUCUUUGGGUAUGGGGGGAGGUAGUAGGGGGCAAUUACACCUUUGUUUAAAUUCCCUGUUUUUUCUCAAGUUCUCCAACUUUAAAGUUGACUUCUUUUUUAUGAUUAGAGCAAAGAUGCAAGCUAGAAAUCUAUCCAGAUCUUGCCAGUUACUUCAAGUUGGCUUCGAACAGGUAACGUUUAAUAAAAUUCAGUAUGCUCUUGGAGGUUGGGUCUAGUUGUAUCUCCUUACACUGAUAAGCAAUGCUCCCACCCAAAAUCAGUUAGCAGGACUUCCUUAGUACGAAGCAAGGACUCAUAUAAUUAGCUAUAGUUUGAAGGGGAGAUGUUGUAGACCCAUUUGGGGAGGUAGGGAAAGAAGAAUGAACAUGAAAAGCUGGAUUUACUGACAAACUACUGUAACUCAAGGGGGAGGAGGAAAAAUGCACUUUCAAUAGUUUGUCCAUAUUGUUAGCUACAAAAUACACUUGUAUUUGCUAAAUGGUUUUCAUUGUUGUUGGCUUUGUUUUAUUUUUGAGACAAUUAAGAGGAACAUCCAUCCCAUAAACGGCUAACCCUCCUUUUUACUUCACCCUGUCUUUUCCACAUUGGCUCGAGACCAUUUUCAGCUGCCAUACGUUGAUUUUGAAAACUGCUACUUUUAACGAUAUUUAGAAAACAAAAAGAUUAACUCUGACACUUUUUUAAACAGGGUGGACUUAAUUGAAGUGUGCAGUGUUUGAACUACUGCUGCAGUAGCUGCCUCUAGUUGUUGAAAUAAACUGUAGACAAGUUUUCUGUUUAUCACUCCGGAUUCAAUAUCUGGAUUCAAUAAAAAGUUUGUGAGAGUGUUCCUCCCACUGGUAUGAAUGUGUGUGUGCAUGUGUUACAUAAACAGGCAUAGAACCAAAUGUUCUAGGUACUUGUCAUGUUUUAUUGCAUACUUUAAGUCGUGUGUAUGUGAAGUGUCCUUUGACCUGAAGGUUUUGGUUAAUAUCAGUAUAUUUUUAUAAAUUUGAAAUUCAUUGUGCCCCAUCUUUUUCUUAAACAUUUUUCAUUGUUAGGGUAUGUGGUAGAUAUGAAUCUUAACAUUUUUAGGCACAGAUGGAAAAAGCUAUUGGCUCCUUGAAAAAAUAUGGGACAAAAUGGAUCCUCAAAGCAUGUAUGUACUUACAAACCAAGCUGUAGAGAUCAAGAAAAGAACUUUAUUGUUGAUCUCAAGAUUUCUAAGUUGUCAAGAUUAUAUGGAGUUGUGGUGGAACUAGUUUAACACUAGAGCUUUUGGUAUGUAAUGACUAUUUGCUAUGGACUGAUAUUAAAUGUUUCAAAGGAUUGCGUUCUUAAAACUUUCUGGAUUUUGUUACUCUCCUUGGAUUAUAUUAAGUAGUUAAAAUUCUUUGCUAUAUUACAUUAAAAACAUAAGAACUUUGGGUCUCGUAUUUAUUUUCACUUGUUUUACUAAUUAUUUACAGAACACCGUUUUAACUUUUUUAUUUUAUAAAUGUGUAGUAUUUUAAACAUAUCUUUACAAAUUGUUCAAUUGGAACUACAUUAACUUCUGAUUUAUUAGGAUUUUUAAAAAAAAAAAUACACUUUUCCAUGUUGGUGCACAGCACUUAACAGAAAUGUUUGUAUUCCCUUUCUUUCAAUUCAAUAAACAGAAUAAAUAACUG